CGGCUCGGGGCUCAGACUCCAGUGAGGCCGCUGAUUGGCUGCUGAAGGCUUGGUCCCAUCCCAGUGACCCCAAAGUGCUGAAGGGAGGGGGCGGGGGUGGCCCAGUGCAAAGUGCAUCCCGAAAGCCCCCUGCCUGGAGUCUCGGCGGCUGGCGCUUGGGACUCUGUAUGAACUGGGAUCUCGCCGUCCCCGAUCUCCCGGUAGCUGGGAAUCUCCGGCCCGGAGCGAGCGAGGCAGCCCCCUGCUCCGAGCCCUCGGACCGGGACUGCCCCCCCACGGGAGGGAGCCGGGACUUCCUCCCUGCACCCCUGCCCGGGGCUGCCCGGCCGCCCGGACCGCCGCCCCCCGCCUGCUGACCGUCUGGAUGCCCGCCGUGCUGGAGCGCUGAGGCUCCGGAGACGAUCGGGAACCGCCGGGUCCGGCCCUGCCCGGGGUGUUUCUUCAAUGGAGAAGUUGGUGAGUGUGGAGGAGGCUGAAAGGAGGAAGAGAAGCAGCAGCUGAAGAGACAGAUCUGAAGUGGCUGGAGGGGAGACCAGAGAGCAGGAAAGGAGUCUCGCCCACCUGCUGGAGAAGCAGCCCCAAGCCUUCCCCCAGCAUCCUCUCUCUGUCCAGGUUUAAAGAAGCUCAUUCGUGCCACUGUCUGAAUACAGUCUGAGCCCCCUUCCCACAAUGCUUUGUGUGCACCAUGGUUAUUAGGCAGUCUGCAUAUCAGGAGAAGGAACAUUCUUCCAUUAGGCUGAUCCCUGUGACCUAAUGACUCCUUUGUAAAAAGCGAACUCAGCUAGGAUGUUGCACCACCAUUGUCGGAGGAAUCCUGAACUCCAGGAAGAACUGCAGAUUCAGGCUGCUGUGGCUGCCGGGGAUGUCCACACAGUCCGGAAGAUGCUAGAACAGGGCUAUUCUCCAAACGGCCGAGAUGCGAAUGGCUGGACCCUGCUUCACUUCUCUGCAGCCAGAGGAAAGGAAAGAUGUGUUCGAGUAUUUCUCGAACAUGGAGCUGACCCCACAGUGAAGGACCUGAUCGGAGGCUUCACGGCCCUCCACUACGCAGCCAUGCACGGCCGGGCCCGCAUAGCACGCCUGAUGCUGGAGUCCGAGUACAGGAGCGACAUCAUCAACGCCAAGAGCAAUGACGGGUGGACCCCACUCCACGUGGCCGCUCACUAUGGGAGGGACUCCUUCGUCCGACUCCUCCUGGAGUUCAAGGCCGAGGUGGACCCACUCAGUGACAAAGGCACGACGCCUCUGCAGCUGGCCAUCAUCCGCGAGCGCUCGAGCUGUGUGAAGAUCCUCCUGGACCACAACGCCAACAUCGACAUCCAGAACGGCUUCUUGCUGCGCUACGCCGUCAUCAAAAGCAACCACUCUUACUGCCGAAUGUUCCUCCAGAGGGGCGCCGACACAAACUUGGGCCGCUUAGAAGAUGGACAGACCCCUCUCCACUUGUCCGCCCUUAGGGAUGAUGUGCUUUGUGCACGGAUGUUGUACAGUUAUGGCGCGGACACGAACACGAGGAACUACGAGGGGCAGACCCCGUUGGCUGUCUCCUUAAGUAUUUCUGGAAGCAGUCGACCGUGCUUGGAUUUCUUACAAGAAGUCACAAGACAGCCCCGGAAUUUGCAAGACCUGUGCCGAAUUAAAAUUCGACAAUGUAUAGGCCUUCAAAACCUAAAGCUACUUGACGAACUACCCAUUGCCAAGGUCAUGAAAGACUACUUAAAACACAAGUUUGAUGAUAUCUGACCAAUGCAGGACUGUGAGCAAGAUUCAGAGCUCAAUUCCAGAUACUUAAAAGGCCUUUUGCCUUGCACAAAGUGUAUCCUAUGCAAUUUCUGACUUGCCAUGCAGUCAGAAAGCAGGUAUACAACUUUAGGUUGUUUUUAUUUUUUUUUUUUCCUUUUCUUGUUAUUGUUAUUGUUUGUUUGGUUUUCAUUGUAGGGGAAGGGAUUUUGUAACACAUACACACAUACACACACACUCUCUCUUACACACUUGAAGGUCUUAAUUUGGUUCCUUGGUCCAAGUUUCAGAGGUCCAAGCUUUCUACAUAUGACAGAAUUUACAAACAAAAUUAUUUUGCCCCCCCCCCCC